UAAAGUCCAGAGAAGAAAGAAAAAAAGAAAGAAAGAAAAAGCGUCUUCUCCAAAAACCCAGAAAAUCGCAGAGAGCUUCUCUUUGUCUUUGUACAGAUCUCGAUGCCUUCUCGUAGAAGAACUCUCCUCAAAGUCAUCAUCCUCGGCGAUAGCGGGGUUGGGAAGACUUCUUUGAUGAAUCAAUAUGUGAAUAAGAAGUUCAGCAACCAGUAUAAGGCAACCAUUGGGGCUGAUUUCUUGACUAAGGAAGUGCAAUUUGAAGACCGGCUUUUCACUUUACAGAUCUGGGACACAGCUGGUCAGGAAAGGUUUCAGAGUCUUGGUGUGGCAUUUUAUCGUGGUGCUGAUUGCUGUGUUCUUGUAUAUGAUGUCAACUCCGCCAAAUCAUUCGAGGAUCUCAACAACUGGAGGGAAGAGUUUCUGAUCCAGAGUGGUGGGCCUCUUAAAUAAGGAUUUUUGUCUAUUCUUUCUUAUCUGGAGCAAUCAACUAUUACAGCUCAGAUAGCAACACCAACAUUUUUUUAAUAUGUAUUAAGAAUAUAUUACUUAUAUAAUUGCAUAGAACAAAGAAGAAUUCUGUAUGUUAAUGUAAAAGUAGAUAAUUCUAUAACAAA